AUGGUACACAAACAUGUUGAAGCUUUAGAUAGGACCAUGACCGACGUAUUUUCGGAAGGUAGGAGUAUUCGUUCGGAUAUUCCUUUUGGUGGUAAAGUUAUUGUAUUUGGUGGUGACUUUAGACAAAUACUACAUGUUAUUCCUAAUGGUACUAGACAAGAAAUUGUUAGUGCGUCUUUAAGCUCUUCAUACAUAUGGGCAAAAUGCAGACUCUUACGGCUGACUAAAAACAUGCGUCUAACUAUUGGAGCUGAAAGUUCGAAUAUGAAGUCUAUCAUAGAAUUUGCAAAAUGGCUUAUUGAUAUUGGUGAAGGAAACGUUGGAGAUGAUAAUGAUGGUGACGCCAUUAUAGAGAUACCAGAUGAUUUACUGAUCACCGAUAUUUAUGACCCAAUACAAAGUUUAAUUGACUUUGUAUAUCCUUCAAUUAUUCAACAAUUUAGGAUUGCUGGAUUUUUUUCUGAGCGAGCAAUUCUAGCACCCAAAAAUGAGGUAGUUCAUGAAAUUAAUGAUCGAUUGCUUUCGUUAUUUCCUGGUGAUGCGAAAGAGUAUCUGAGUUCUGAUAUUCUUAGAGUUGGUGUUCCUGUGAUGCUUCUUCGAAACAUUGAUCAACAGAAAGGGUUAUGUAACGGUACAAGGCUUCAAAUUACUUUUCUUGGUAAACGAGUUAUAGAAGCUGAACGUCUUCCUGCUGAAGUUGCGAGACGAGCAGGUCUUUCUCUUGAUCUUCAUCCUUUGAAAGUUCAAAACAUGGUUGGAGUUGUGGAGGUUUAUGAUGUUAAGUUGGAGUUAAAUGAAUUGAAGCCACGUUAUGCGUUGGACGGUUGGCGAAAGUUUAUGACUGACAAUAACUUGAGGUUUUUUUCUUAA